GUCGCACAAGAGGCGUAACCGCGAAACGAUAUUAGCAGUCCGAAGGCUUGGCUAGUAAUCAGAAUAAGCUGGGCAUUUAAACUUCGAUAAUUGAACAUUUGUCAGAUACGUUAGUACACAUGUCUGUGACUGGCUGAACUGAGGAAAUACCUUAGUCUGACAAUACAUUUGUCAAAACAUUAUGGAGGCAGUGAACGCAUUCAACAUGGAGUUGUUCUCCAUGAUUGAAAUGAAGCCCCCAAUAUCCCGUGCUAAGAUGAUGUCUGUAACAAAGUCAGCCAUCAAAGCUAUCAAGCUCUACAAACAUGUUGUCCAGAUUGUAGAAAAGUUCAUCAAGAAGUGUAAACCAGAACUCAAAGUCCCUGGCUUGUACGUGGUUGAUUCCAUUGUGCGACAAUCACGCCAUCAGUUUGGUAUUGACAAGGAUGUAUUUGGGCCUCGGUUCUUGAAGAACUUUACAGAUACCUUCCAAAACCUUUACCACUGCCCAGAGGAUGAUAAGAACAAAAUUAUCCGCGUCCUAAACUUGUGGCAGAAGAAUAGUGUGUUUGACAUGGACAUCCUUCAGCCUCUGAUGGAUAUGGCUGAUGGAACUGUUGUACCUGCACCUGUGCUGGAAGUUCCUGUGGACCCUCAACCAGAGAUGCAGCUACCUAUAAGUAGUGCCUCAGUUGGGUCACAGCUUCCCACUUCUGAUGCCUUAGCUGCUGUGGCACAGUUGUUUCAGUCUCCCCAUGGUCAGGAGCUGCAAAGGAUGCUUCAGAAAUUCCAGCAGGCUGAUAAGACUUUGGCAGCCACCACUGCAAACAGCACACCAAACCCACCUCAAAGGCAUUUGGACCAGCUCAACUCAUAUAGUACUUGCCCAGAAAAGAAAAGCUCUUUAGCUGAGAAACUUCUUGAUCGAUUUGACUAUGAUGAUGAACCCGAGGAUGUGAUUAUUAAUGAAGUCAGUGCCCAGUCACAAGGCUUUCCUGAAAAUGUGUUAAACCAGUUUCUGGUUCAGAUGUCCAGAACACAGACUGACCAUCAACAUAUGAUGGGAAAGACUUGUGGCAUAGAGCCUGGAGGAAGAUUAAAUCACAGUGAAAGUCAUAUGAUGGACGGAUACCAUUCCACAAAUGAGGCCUAUUUACAUUCACAGGGGAAUUCAAGGGAAGACUCGACCACAAGACGAGAAAAUAGACACAGAGGCAAUGGCAGGAGAUCAAGAUCUAGAUCUGGUUCCAGGAGAAGAUCACGAUCGUCAUCCCGCUCAAGGUGGUCAAGGCAUCGGCGUUCUCAUUCCCGUUCUAGGGAGCAUCGCUGGAGAUCUCGUUCUGGUUCACAGGACAGAAGUGAAAGGGAGCGGGACAGAGAACGCAGACAGAAAGGUUUUCCAAGCCUGAAAAGCCAAACAUUAAGUGUUUGCAGCACUACACUCUGGGUGGGACAACUAGACAAGAAAACACAGCAGUCUGAUGUGAUGUCCCUUCUGGAAGAGUUUGGCCAGAUUGAGUCCAUCAAUAUGAUACCUCCGCGGGGGUGUGCCUAUAUCGUUAUGGUUCACAGACAAGAUGCCUUUACAGCAUUGAAUAAGCUCAGUAGGGGGUCCUACAAAGUCAAUCAGAAACCAGUGAAGAUUGCCUGGGCUUUGAACAAAGGUAUAAAGUCAAUACAUAAAAAGUUCUGGGAUGUUGAGCGGGGAGUUACCUAUAUUCCCUGGAGCAAGGUCAAAGUUGAAGAGUUAGAGAGCUAUCGGGAGGGCGGUAUGCUGGACCCAGAGACACUAAGUCCUGAGUGGCACAAUGCCACGGACCUUAAGAAGGCAGCUGUUAAUGGAGCGGUGGCAAGUGCACCAGCAGAUGGAGCAGUCAAUAUUCAUAUUCAGGUGCCACCGCUCAGCACUCAACAGGCGCCUCCCAUUGGAAGUCCACCUGCCUUUCCUGGCUCCCUCAUGCUGUCCCCCACAGGCAUGCCUCCAGGAGCAGCUCCUUUCAUCCCUGCAGAGUUUGAUCCCGCUCAGCUGGCAGCAGGAAGUGUCAACGCCCCAGAGGAGGAGUCCAAACGGGACCAAGGCACACCUGUGGAUGUAGGCAGCGACCAACAGCUGGGCUCUCCUGUAGCAUCAGCGAUGCCCCUCCCACGGCCGGCGAUCAUGCAGGGCCCCAGACCGGUGAUGCCGCCUCUCCAGCCUCCUGGCUCGAAUCCUCAUCUACCCUCGUUCCUCCCACCGCCAAACAUGCCUCACAUGCACCCGCAAAUGAUGCCCGGAGGCCCCGUGUUCCCACCAGACAGAUUCAGGAUGCCCAUGCCCUUCCCUGCUCACGGCUCCCCCUUCCAUCCACCCGCUAUGGCACCGGAGGGCAUGGAUGACAUGGAGGAGAGGCAUUUUCUAAAUGGGAGGCCCGGAUUCGGGGCUCCACCCUUCCACAGGAGGUGGUAAAGACUGACUGGUGUUCACAACAAGAAAUAUUUCUGGAGGUGACUGUUUCCCCACAACCAGAAACUUGUUUUUUUUUUCCCAACAAAACCAAGAUCUUCUGGAUUUGGUCUGUGGUUCAGGUUCUCCAGAGAAAAGACUUGUGGCUGUAAAUACUGCGUGUGUGUGCGUGUGUGUGUGAGAGAGACUGUGCCUGUUGGCUAUCUUUUUGUAAAUUUGUAAUUGUGUAGUUUAUGCAUAAAGCUCUAAUCCUGGUUUAAAGAUAACAAGAACUGAACCUGUUUGUAUUUUGGACCCCAUUCUCUCACCAGGCUUUGGUUUAUGACGCCUGUAGAGAUCUAUAAUUCAAACCUUUGUGGUAUUUGGUUUUUAGUUCAAGUAGAUUUCUACCGCAUUGUUUAAUUUUUCACAGGCGAUGUUGGAUUUCAUUGGAAGCUGGAGAUUUCACGUGGUGCCAGUAGAGGGAAGAGUAAACCCUCUUACCACGACCCACCUCUGUUGUACAUUAAGGUCACAUCCUGUAGGAUCAUGUGCAGUGAAUAUUAAAAGGAGACCGUGUCAUUUGA